AUGGCAUCAAAUUUCGAUAGAUGGGAAAAAGAUCCCUAUUUUUCUGCUGCUGAAGAGGUUCAGGAAUCGACCGACAGGAUGGAAUCAACUUAUAGAACUUGGAUUCAUGCAAGAAAGGACACCUCUGGGGCUUGGAAUGCGGUUGAACUCAAAAGAGAUCUCCAAACAGCCCUUGGCACCGCUAAAUGGCAGUUGGAGCAAUUUGAGCACGCUGUUAGGUCGAGUUAUACUAGUUUGAAUUCAGCUAAUGAUGCAAAAGAAAGGCAUGGAGAUUUCAUAAUUGCUAUAGAGAGUCAGUUGUCAAAGGUUGAAAGCUCUUUAAAAGAAAUGGCAGUCUCUCAGGGCAAACCACCAUUGCCCUGGCUGCAAUUAGAUGAAGGAGAACACAAAGAGCUUGCGCUGUUUCUUUCAGGACCAUCAUCAACUUUCACAGAUAAAAUCUCCAAAAAGGUUCAUGGCCGAGUAUCAGAAAACUCAGAAGGGACUGGUAAACAGUCAAUGCCAGAGUGCAUGAGUUCGUCUCACUUGGUGGCAUUGAGUCAGGUGGAGUCUAAGGAAGAGAAGUUACAGCAACAUCGGAGGACAGCUAGUGCUGGUGCUGACAUUGGUUCCUGGAAGAUUGCAGUUGCUGAUGAUUCUUUACCUCAUAGUUCAUCCAAUCUAAAACCUGAUCCGCCGCCUAGAAAGAUACCCAGUUUUUCAGGAUUUUUAAAUACCAUGGAAUCCUCUAUGUCUCAUUUGAAGUGGUCAAAGAAUGGAUACAGGAAGUUAAAGAUUUCGGACUGCCAUGAAGAAGCUGAUACAAUGUUACCUCGAUCUCAAAAUUUGACCAAAAAUAUCAAAGCAGUCUGUGAAAGGAAUAAAAGUUGCCUUGAUGGAUGUGAUGAUUAUGAGAAGCAACUGUAUGGUUGGUCUGGUACCAUCCAGAGACUACUUCGGAGGUCCCAAUAUCAUAUGCAGUACAGUCGAUCCGUUCAAAUCAUUUUCUCCAUUAUUCUCCUCCUCUGCUUGAUUGUUUUUGGCACUGCGUGCAGUCUGAGGAGGAGCUAA